AUGGAACAGGAGCAACAAACGCGCGAGGAAGAAGCCUAUGGAAGCUAUACAGAAGCAGCAUGGGAAUCGAUCACGUCAGCAGAAACAACGAUUGCAAAAAUGAAGGAAGAGGAAGUGGAGAUCAGCAAUACUCUGGAAAGCUUCCAACGAGCAACUAGCAGAAGAAUUCAACUCAACGGAGCCAACGACACACAAGCCGUAUUGUCAAGAGAGUCGAGGCAAGUUGGAGAAGCCCGACAAACGGCAGCACAUUUCGAAGUUAUCGAAGAAAACUACCUUAUAGUUAACGAUCUUCUGAAAAAGAAGUAUGGCUCCAACAGCCUUAUAGUCGGAGAAUUACUUGCUCAACUCAAAGAAAUUCGUGCCGAUGGGUCGAGUACAAGACAACAAGCCAAUUUAUUAGAACGUAUUACGGCGUUAUUGAUGCAGUUAUCCACAAAAGGUCAGAAUAUCAACCAUCGCUUGAUUUCAAACAUGGUUUUGAGGAAAUUCAACGGUGAUAUUCAAGCGAAAGCACUCGAAAAGCGGGAAAACCUUGAAGACAUCAACCAGUGGACGUGGUCCACACUACGCCAACACCUCUCGGUGAUCAUCGAUUCGAAAGAAAGGAUUGAAAGAUCUCAAGAAGCUAUGAGGAGAAACACUCAACUCGUAAAAGAUAGGACAUCACUUAACCGCUCUGCAGCAGCAUGCAUCUACUGCAAAAGGAGCAACCAUCGUUCUAUAGAUUGCAGGACAGUACCGCUGCAAGAACGCGCAGCAUUCUUGACGAGGAAACAGAUGUGCCAUAACUGUGGAAAACCCAACCACAAGGCCGAAGACUGCAGGAGUCCAGGAUGCUUCAAGUGUGGCAGGAAACACCAUUCUUCACUAUGUAGCUACAAUCAGCAAACUCAAAGCAGAUCUACCCCCACACAGGAAAGUGUGUCGCAGCCAACGAAUCCAUCAUUACCAAGAUCUCAAGCUCAGUCAAGUGGUACGCAGAGGCAGAGUAGACUCAGGACACAAGGUACAGCUCGCCAAGUCAGCCAAAAUGUCAUAACUUCCGAGAGGGAAAAAAGAGACAGUAGUCCGGAGGAAGACAGUCAGAUCUUACUCGGAUGCGACCACUUAUGGGAAAUGAUGGAAGGCAAGGAAUGCAAACUACCAUCAGGAAUGCACGUAAUCGACACUAAGUUCGGACACAUGGUCUCAGGGCGACAAACUACUCAAAAACCAGAAGGAGACUGUAACGUACAACAAUUACAUGAGGAGGUCGAUACGUGGGACAACUACUGGCGUAUGGAGUCAUCAGGAAUUGAUGAAUACACCGGCCCGGAAAAAGUGGAGAGACAAAAUGACGAGGAAAAAGUCAUGAAAAGAUUCAAAGAAACAAUAGUCAAAAAAGAUGACGGUUACUACGUACGAUUACCAUGGAAGGAUAAACAUCCUCGUCUACCCGAUAAUAAGAGCAUAGCGAUGGCAAGACUGAAAAGUCUAUUCAAACAGUAUAACCAACAACCUCAACUCCUCCAGAAAUUUCAAAAGACCUCAGCAAUGAAGCUGAGACGAACUAUGGCCAAGAAUGCUCAAAUUCAUCCAAAAGUCAUCAUUCCACCUACCGUCGGUAACAAAAAGAAGAAUCACUGA